CCGGACUAUGACUGACGAAUUCGAAGCAAGCAUUGCGCGAGUGCUGUCCUUCUCAAUUUCUGAAUAUUCCUUUUCUCAACAAAACACUGUCAGGCCGAACUCUGCAGUUCAGCAUACACGGUUCAAACGUGUCGGUACGGCUACCGAUGGCAUCUACCCUCGCUCGAUGCACAAUGCUUGAUGUUGCUCAUACGACCUCGCCGACGGCUGACAUGCUCAGGACGGACUCUAUGCGACAUACGCAACUGGCUGUCUACCCUGCGACGCGCGGCUUACGCUGAGCCCAUCCUCGGUUAUCUACAACCGAGAGAAUUACUACACGUCACCUGUGCCGAAGACAGAAUUGCCUGGAACAGCGAGGGACUUCAAUUGCGUAUAUAUACCGACCCGGUGUUCUUCAAGAGUCUCACAGACCCCUUACGACCUACAAGCAAUCAUGCCUUCGCUCUCGGCCGUACAGCAGUACAACAACUCCGUCUCUUCCUCCGCGAAAACCCCUGUUGGCGUCUUCGUCGGCGGCACCUCUGGCAUUGGCCGGGGUAUGGCCCGCGCCUUCGCCCGCCACCACAAGGGCAACGCGCGCCUCAUCAUCAUCGGGCGCAACAAGGCCGCAGCGGACGCGCUCAUCGCCUCCCUCCCCGCCCCCGCCAACCAGCUUUCCGAGUUCAUCCCCUGCGAGGCGAGCCUUAUGCGCAAUAUCGACGCCACAUGCGAGCAGCUCGCCAAGCGCGACGUUGACAAGAUCAACUACCUCGUCCUGACGGUCGGCGAGUUCAACACGGUCACGGGCGAGAAGACGGAGGAGGGCGUUAGCAAGCUCUUCGCGCCGAUGUUCUUCGGGCGCUUCCGGUGGAUAGAGAACCUGGGUCCCGCACUGGAUAGGGCGGCGGAGGCCGGAGAGGAGGCAAAGGUCAUGUCGGUCGCGCGGGCGGGCAAGGGGGGCCCCGUCGACUGGGAUGAUUUGGACUUCACAAAGAACGUGAUUCGGCGACUCCCAUCGGAGGUCCCCACAAUGCAGGACUUGAUGUUGCAGGGCUUCGCGAAGAGACAUCCUAAAGUGGCAUUCUCGCAUUCAUACCCAGGCGCAGUGUUCACACCACUCUUCACUCGGUCAAAAUCCUGGGUCGUCAGGCUCCUCGGGUACCUUCUGACGCCUCUCUUCUGGCUCAUCUCCAUCUCCGAGGACCAGAGCGGCGAGUACAUGAUGUACGGCGUCUACCGCAGCCCACUGGGAUUCAGCAGCGUGGGCGAACGGGGCGAUGUCGUUCAAGGUUACGAGGGCACCGACGAGGAGGUCGAGAAGUUGUGGAACUAUGCAUAUUCGAGGCCAAAUGUGCCGUACAAGAAUUGAGAUGUAAUGUACAAUGCGAGUCCGUAUCAUGGUGACCAUUACCUAUAUCCAGAUAAAUCCGGUAUAAGUAGAGUAUGUGCCAUUGACGAGGUCAUGGAGAAUAGGCCGGCCCUUCAAAAGACCCUCCUCCG